AUGGUUCAGCGUAGCGCCAUUUUGGAGUAUAUCCGCUGGCGCAAGCAGCAUUCGCUCUUCUUUGUCGAAGGUUCUACGGGUUUGGAACGACAUGGGGAAGGACGUUUUCUCGUGGAGAUAAUUGCGUUUUUCUCACCUGUGCCGUUUAUUUUGCAGGCCUUCAAAAGUGCCAUGAUGAGCUCAUACUGGUGUGCGGGGAAGGGUGAUGUCAUCGAGAACUGGUGCCGCUGUGACCUGACGGCGCUUGGCAAAGACGGGCUUCCCAACUGUAGCCCCCUGCGGCGGCCCGUAUUGAGACUGGCUUCACACCUGGAACCCUCCAGUACGAUGGUGGCGCUGGAAUGGAUUGAUGUGGAACCCCUGAUUGGCUACAAGGUUUCAGAUUACAUCAUUCAACACAAGCGAGUAGAGGACCUGUCAGAGGCAGAAAUCUACACAGGAGAGGUUCUAAGCCUCAUGGAUGACCUUUUCUCGGGUCUGGGCUCAUCGUGUGUGGUAGCAGGACGCAGAAGUGGAGAACAUCCUCACAGUAUGAUCUACUCUCUCCUUUUCAAGUGCCUGGAGCCCGACAGCCUUUAUAAGUUCACUCUGUAUGCCGUCGACAGCCGUGGUAGUCGGUCGGAUGUGAGUUUUGUGACCGUCCGCACGUCAUGUCCGAUGGUGGAUGACAGCAAAGCAGAAGAGAUCGCAGACAAAGUGUACAACCUCUAUAAUGGCUACACCAGUGGAAAGGAGCAACAGACGGCCUACAACACCCUGAUGGAGAUCUCCCCCCCACUGCUGUAUCGUGUACAACAUCACUACAAUUCCCACUACGAGAAGUUUGGAGACUUUGUGUGGAGAAGUGAGGAUGAGCUUGGCCCCAGGAAGGCCCAUUUGAUCCUGAGACGAAUGGAUCGGAUCAGUCUGUUCUGCCGCUCACUACUCCGCAGUGGCUUCAUCCAAAGCCGAACAGAGAGUGUGCCGUACAUGCUGUGUCGCAGUGAUGGCACGAGACCAGGCGGCACUUUAUGGCACAGUUCACUUCAUGAAACCCGGCUAGCCUGCCUUGAGAAAGUCGUAACAGUGCAACGCAACAUAUAUGGAAAGUCAAAAUUACGAUGAGACAGGAAAUGUUUGGACUUGACCUUCUCUCUUUAUGGUCUCCAGCUUGGCUGUUCUUUUUCUAAAUCCAACUGACUUUGAGACUGUGAGAGUAGGUUUUGUUGUUUCUUCUUCUUCUUCUUUCUUUAUUAUUUUCCAAAUGCAGAGAGCCUCGGAUAAGAAAGAUUGAUUUAUUAUUAUUUAGUUUUUAUUUAUUUAUUUAUUUCUACUUGUUUCUCUUGUAAGGACAUCAGUUUUGGACUAUUUAUGAAUGUAAGAAUUUAACUGCAUGGUGCUGCAGAACUUCAAACCAGGUUCCCUGAUACUCAUUUUGCAAACAUAUCUCUUGGAAUACCUAGCCAAGCAAGACGAGGACAUGAUCUCUCAGUGGUUUUCCUUAUUUUCUAUUCAACCUUUUUUGACGUAAAUUGUAUUAAUCUUCUUUUAUAUAUAUAGUUUUGCCACAAUUAAUUGAGAAAACGGUCUGAGAAUAUUGUCAGGGUCACAGUAAAUGCUUUUGAGAUCAAGUAUAGUCCUGUCACGUAUAUACUCUUUAGCCAAAAGAACGUUCCUUUACAGUGUCCAAAGAAAUGAGAGUAUUGCUGGCCAAUGAGACCAAUAGAUUUCAUCAAAGUGAACCAUCUAAUGUAUUUGGCAAAGGGUUGUGGUACAAAAGAAAGCAUUGUGCAAAACUAUUCUGUAAAUGAUUGUCUGGGAACAAGUGUUGUUGAAAAUGCAGUUGGAAUUGAACAAAUGCUAAGAACUUAGCCUCAACACAUUUUCAGUAAGUAAGUUGCUAUAUUCCAUGCUAUAUUCAUUGUGAUAGUUAAAUAUGCUAUUGUAAAUACAAUU